GUGAUCCAAUGCUACAGGUCAAUGAGGCUCGUUGGUCAAAAUCUUCUUCAAUUCCGUUCACAAUCAUUUGGAACACUUGAAGACCGGCUCAGCGAUGUUUUGUCGCGCCUUAUUCAAAUCUCCCAAAUCAUUGUUUACGAUUGGAUGUACUGUGAUGUCUUCAUCCCACAAGUCUUGGAAUUCAAUAUAUGAAUUCACUGUUAAAGAUAUCAAUGGUGUGGAUGUCUCCUUAGAGAAAUACCGUGGUCACGUUUGUCUAAUUGUUAACGUCGCUUGUAAGUGAGGCGCAACGGACAAGAACUAUCGCCAACUCCAGGAGAUGCACACUCGACUGGUUGGCAAAGGCCUCCGUAUAUUAGCGUUCCCCUGCAACCAAUUCGGCGGACAGGAACCGUGGGGGGAAGCGGAGAUUAAGAAAUUUGUGACUGAAAAGUAUGGCGUCCAAUUCGAUAUGUUUUCCAAGAUAAAAGUCAAUGGGUCUGACGCUGAUGAUCUCUAUAAAUUUCUUAAAAGUAGACUACAUGGUACCCUAACAAAUGAUAUUAAAUGGAACUUCUCUAAAUUCCUUAUAGAUCGUCAAGGCCAACCGAUUAAAAGAUAUUCUCCUACAACUGCCCCAAAUUUCCGACUGUCUAAAUAGAUAGACGUAACUUAAGAUAAAUUGACAAAAUCAGCAAUCCACCCUACACUCUUCGAUUUUUUCUUAAUUGUCUAAGUAUUUUGUUGUGUUGUUUCUUAAGUAUGUAACUUUCAGUCACUUAAUGGGUGCGUUAACUUCCUCCCGUAACCUAUAGUUCCUGUGGAUUUGAAGCUGCCAUUAAGAAAUUUUACUCAUUUGAAUAUUUAGCAGGAUAUUGUAGGAGAUAUCAUGGAGCUUUUGGAAAAGAAGUGAUCAAUGGAACUUUUGAGCUUUGAACAAAUUCUCGCUGUAUGACGAUGGCAAUCUCAAAUGUUCACUGAUUGCCAUUUGAUGAAAUCAGUUUUGUGUGCACCUGAUUGCAGAAUUUUGUUUACCUUGCUCAUAUUUUUCAUUGAAACUACUUCUCAGAAUAAAUGUGUUAUCUAU